AUGGAUUCCCGCGUGCAGGACUAUCUUGACGAUAAAUUCCAGUCCUCGGCCGACUUGGAAUCUUUGGAUUCGCUGCUGGAGAAUGUCAAAAGUCAGCAAGAGCUGCUGAAACAACAGCUCGACGACGCAAGGCGAGAUCACGAUGGCGCCAAACGAAAGGCCGAGCAGCAUAUCGAGUCGAUUCAAAGAAAGGCACAAGCCUUUCAGAAAGAGCAAAGCAGCAUGGAUCGCCGACUCCUUGUGGUCACCCAAUCCGAGACAAGCGAUGAUGCGGUGCGCAAGUUCGAAUCGAGCAUGGAAAAGUUGCGAAAGCUGGAUGUGGCUGCUGGAUACGUCGAGUUGCUACAGUCGGUGGACAGGUUGCGAACGGAAUGCACAUCACAACUCGGCAAGUCGGACGAAGCUGCCAUGGAGCCAUACGGAAAGCUACGCCAUCUCGUGACGAGCUUGCGGCCGUUGCAGGACGCGGCAGAAGGCGCUGCUCCGCAUCUGCUAGACUACAUCGCUCGCCAGGCUGAAGAUCUGCGUCAGACUAUACAAAAUUCGUUCGCGGCCGAUCUGGAAGGCACGCUGAAGAAGAUGAACUGGCCGAAGCCGACCGACACCGUGCCCUUGGCCUUGGAGAAGGAAUGGAGUGCGAACGUUGUUCGCCUCCUGAAGCUACAACAACAGGAUUUGCUGGACCUGGAACACAGCGUAUCCACCCAAGCUCCCAAGCAAGAGCCACCCGCAUUAUGGGCCCUGGAGGUCAUGGUCCACGCGCUGGAGCAGCGAUUCAUCUACCACUUCUCCGGAAACAAAGCUACGAAUCGCUUGGACAAGCCCGAGUACUUCCUGCACCACACAACCGAGUUGCUGUCUACAUACUCGACCUUUUUGCAGAAUGCAGUCCAGCCUCUGCUUGUGCAGCAGUUCAGAGGGACCGACCUGUCGCUCACUCCGGCAUACAUCGAUGCACUCUCAGCAUUCAUCACAGCCCUGCUUCCGAUGCUCAAGAGGAAACUCUACAGCUUUGCUACCCAGGUGUCCAGUCAGCCUCAGCUGCUCAGCCAUCUGAUUCACGAAGUCAUGGCUUUCGACGCCACUCUACAAGAAUCCUACUCCUACUCGCCGAUCUCGCCUUCCCUGCCCUGGCGUGGCCUCGCGCACUUCCUGUUGGACACGUGCGGAUAUUUUGCACAAUGGCUAACAGUCGAGCGCGACUUUGCAGUCGCUCGCUACCAAUCCAUCAUCGAUGCCUCCGACGCCGGCGAACUCGACUACGACUCCGUCAGCUCCGAAGCCGCGAAACCAAUGAAAGCCGCCGUUCGCCUCAACGACCUGCUGGAGACAGUCACCAAUCGCUAUAGACCCCUGGCAAGCUUCAGCCAGAAGAUGCGCUUCCUCAUCGACAUUCAAAUUUCCAUCUUCGACCGCUUCAAUCUCCGGCUGCGCAACAGUCUCGAUGCCUUUGUUGCCAGCAGCUCGACCAUCGGCCGUACAGUCCCGGGCGUAUCGGUGGAGCGACAGAGCGAAGUGCAGGGCAUUAAAGGGUUGGAUCGAUUGUGUCGCGUUUUUGGAUCGGCAGACUACCUAGAGCGAGCCAUGCGCGACUGGAGUGACGAUGUCUUCUUUCUCGAGUUGUACGAAGAGUUACAAGCUCGGGUGAAGGAGCCGGAGCGAGUGAACCGCCAUCUCGGCGACAUUCAAGAGGUGCAGCAGAAAACGAGCGGUGCGAUUGGUGAAGACGGCGAGACAGAUGGCGAAUUACAGGGUGCGCUGUUCGACGAAACCGCAGGGCUAUAUCAUAGCCUGCGGGUGCGGAGCGAGAACAUGAUCAUCGAAAUGCUCAGCUACUCUCUCCGCGAGACGCUGCGACCGUACGCUGCCGUCACUACGUGGGGUUCGCUGACCUCUGCCUCUGCUACCACCGGAGGCAGUGCGCCAUCGGCCGAGUUGGACCCAAUGCUACGCCUGAUUACUGAGUACUUUGGCUUCUUGGGCAAGGCCGUUGGCAAAUUGGCGGCGAGGCGGAUCAGUCGACAGGCGCUGCACGCGAUACAGAAUUACAUCUGGGACCAAGUGCUGCUCCGACACUUCUUCUCGACUGCUGGCGCCUUGCAGCUGUCCACGGACGUGGCUACCAUUUGCUCGCACGUCGAUCGGUUUGUUGGCAUGGGCCAGGGCCGGGCGGGGAUGAGGAGGCUUGUGGAGGGGAGUGUGCUCCUCGGUCUACCUGUGCGCGGCGAGAUCCCGCGAGUGCAACGCGGGAAAUCUGGAGAAGAAGGCGAGGAGGCUUUUGAUGAAGACACAGCGUGGGAGGAAGACGAUGCAGAUACUGGGGACGGCGGAGAGAAGAAGUUGGGUCUGUUCGAAGUAGACAGGCUGUUGUUCACGGACAAUGAGAGUGCAAGGCAAGUGGUGCGGGAGCUGGGGCUGGAGAUGCUGAGUGUGGGCGAUGCUCGAGAGGUGCUGAAGAGAAGGGUGGAGGUGCGGAGUUGA